AUGACCACGCUGGCCCCCACAGGGCGGGGCUUAUCAGAGACUACCUCCAGAAUGCAACUGGAUUGUCUCCGUCAGCUGGUGGUGGUUCUGUGUGAACGUUCUCAGCUCCAGGAUUUAGUCCAGUUCUCCUACGUCAACCUGCACGACCAGGUGGUCGGCAUCAUUGAGUCUCGGGCCAGAAGUCUGGAUCUGCUGAGUCAUAAUUACUAUGAGCUGCUGUACGCCUUCCACAUCAACAGACACAACUACAGGAAAGCGGGGACCGUGAUGUUUGAGUUGGGGAUGCGUCUGGGCAGAGAGGUGCGGACUCGUCUGGGUCUCCAGAAACAGGUCAACUGUUACCUGGCUGCUCUAAACUGUCUCCGCCUCAUCAGACCUGAAUACGCUUGGAUUGUCCAGCCAGCUGCUGGAGCCACGUACGAGCGCCCCGGAGCGUCUCCGAAGAGGAACUCUGAUGGAGAGUUUUCUUCUGAACCAGUGAAGCGUCAGGUGGACAUCCUGGAACUUAAGGACCUGGAGAAGGAGUACAUCCUGUCUCGCAGCCGCCUCACGCUCGCCCAGCACCACCCGCCGUCGGCCGCCAUCGCCGGCAGUGCGUCCCCUGAGGAGAUGGUGUCCCUGUUGGUCCAAACUGGGCUGUUUGACUCUGCUCUGUCCAUCUGUCAGACCUUCAACCUGAACCUGACUUCAGUCUUCGAGGGUCUCACCUUCAAGUGCAUCAAGCUGCAGUUCGGGGGGGAGGAGACUCAGAAUGAAGCCUGGAGCUGGUUGGCUGCCAAUCAGCUGUCAUCUGUCGUCAACACCAAAGAGUCCAGUGCGACAGACGAGGCGUGGCGUCUGCUCUCCUCCUACCUGGAGCGUCAUCUGUCCGCUAACGGACAGCAUCACCGCUGCGUCAUCAACAAGCUGCUGUCGCACGCUGUGCCGCUCCCUGAUUGGCUCAUCUCUUCUUACAAGGGCGUGGACGCGGCCUCUCUGCUGCGUCUCUACCUGAACUUUGACCUUCUGGACGCUGCAGCCGAGCUGGUGCUGGAGUACAUCGACGCCCUGCUCGGACGGGGACACCAGUACUUCGGGAUAGAGAGACCCCUGUCUGCGACCUCUUCCUCUGUCUGGCUGCCCUACACGUCCAUCGAUCAGCUGUUACAGACUCUGAACGAGACGCAGACCAACAGCAGCAUGUAUAAUAAAGUUCGGGACAAACUGGCCGAUUAUCACCGACUGGUGGAGCAGACGACCAAACGGCGUCUCGCCACCCGAUGAUGGCUCGGCCAAUCGGAGCCUCGGCUGGAGCCCUGAACCCUGAUGAUGUAAAUAAACUGUUUUGGGGUUAACGUGUAAAUCAGCUGUUUGUGUUUAGGUUUUUUAUAAUAAUUUGUACUCGUCAUGUUUCUCCAUCAGAAUGUAAGUUGUGAUGAAAUUAAAGUGUUUGUUGCAUUUCA